CAAGUUCAUCCCAUUCUUCAUGUCACAUUGUCUCGGAGGAGCCUCGUACCCAAGAGGAUAACCAUUUAAGAUCAGACCUUCCGCUUCAACACAGGUCAAAGUUGAUCAAGCGACGCUCAACAGCACUAUCUCAUGUCUCAAGUUCAUCCCAUUCGUCGUACCAUGCCUCGGAGGAGACUCGUGCCCCUGUAUUAUCCAACCAAGAAUCCCGCAACCAAAGUCUUCUGCCACUCGUUCGAGCCUCCCUCUCCACUUCGGCUAGACAUUCCGAUACAUCACCCAUGGCACGAUCGGCGAACAAACUUUGAGUUAUCACCCAAGCGGAGAAGCCACCACAGUAGUGCAUCUAUUGCCUUAUCACCAUCAACCACCCAAAAGGCCAGUCCUAGCACUGAAGCACUCGCGUCUUUGGCAUGGAUCGGUGCAUCUCCAAUGGGCACCUGUGUGUCCACAUCUUUUGUCCCUUCCCAUUAUACCAACGCUGUUUCGGCCGACGAGGAGAUCGAUAUUUCCAUGGCAGUAGAUGAAAAUCUAUCGGAUGAAACCCUGCUGAAACGGCUCGAAAUCAUACGAGAGCGGAGUACCCGCAACGACAAGCAUAGAUCACUCCCUGUCUCGAGAGUCACUAGCCAUGACCUGGCUAGUAUACCACUUUCCGAACAAGGAUCUAGCCACUUGGAAUUCCAGUAUGGCGACCACUUCGGCGGUCAUACAAGUUCACCGUGCCAAUCAGAGGAGUCCGAGCCCGUGACGCCCUUACCCGUGAUUCUGCAUGAUGUCGAGUUGGACUCUCAUGACGCCGCUCUCUGGAGUACUGCAAGAAAGGCAUUAUUUUGCAUCCGAGAAAUCGUCCGGACGGAGAGAAAAUACCAAGAUGCCCUCAAAAUGCUCCUGACAGGACAGACAGCAAACAAACCACCUCCGCUGUUGUUGACGUACCUUCCUAACCUCGUACGAGCAUCGGAAGCGUUGUUGAAGGCCUUCCUUGAUGACCCCUCCGCUUGGGGCGUAUCCGCCGCAUUCAUGGCUUGCGAAGAUGACAUUGAAAUCGCCAUGGUUUCGUGGUGCCGCGUGGCAGGCAACUUCUUUACUGAUAGCCCCAGCAACGAAGCGGAAUCAACCAGCGUGGGAGGGAAAUGGCGUCGGCCCAAGUCUCUCCUGCUCUCCGCCACAAGUCCUCUCACCCCUGCGGCGGUGAAAUCAAGUGGAGACUCUCCUCCACCUCUUCUAACCUUAAUGAAUGAGGCAGGGAGUAGGAUUAGAGAUAGACAACGGACAGUUGAACAGUAUUGGAAGGUGCCUGAUGACGGUAGUACUGACUCCCAUACAGAACGAAGUCCUAGAGUCAACUUGGUGGACGGUCGUGCGAACGAAUCAAAGGGAGAGCCCCCAACUCGGAGACAGAGUGUGCGGGAUCUUGCAAUUCAACCAACACAGCGGGUCAUGAGAUACGUUUUGUUGUAUCGAGGUGUGCUCUUUUCCCAUUCUAUAACUUCUGGUCUUGAUCAUCGUGCGGAUAGACCUAUUGCAGAGUACUCCUCCCACUUCUCCUUCCCGCGCUCUUGUUGAAAGAGCACUCGAAGCUGCGACCCGCAUUGCUAGUAAGUGCGACCUUGCACAAGACAAUACUGCCUUUUUGCAGAAAUAGAAUGGCUAGUCUCCCAUCUUGAUAUCCGUUAGCAUUGCAUAUUUGUGCCGAAUUAUAUCACGCACUACAUACCCAGCAAUU